UUUAUAUUCGUUAUCAGUUGAUCCACCCACAGAUUAAUGAACAAAGAUACUGGACUGGAUAUAGAAAAUGGUAGUGUAUUUUAAAAAUAAUUGUAUUAAAACUAACGUUAUAUUUUCAUUUUAUUGGGUGGCUCUUCGACCUUGCAAAUCAUAGAUACGGGACUUUGAUAUCAUCCCGGAGCCAAACAAGCUAUUACUGUAGCUGUAGUUGUCAAUCUUGCCCGAGUGAGGGCGAAGAUGUACGGCUCAUGUAACUUGUUUAGUAACUUUUAAUCGUCCUUGGAGCGCAUAAAGACACUGAAGAUUAUCCGCGAACAUUGGCCUUGAAAUCAUGCUAUGCGUUUUAACACGAACUGCGGGCCUGGUGAAGCCUUGUCGUCUACUGUGUCCAGUGUCAUUUGUUCACACAUCUGACCGGUCGCUGGUGUAUCAUCAGGAUAGUUUGCCAAAGCUGCCUGUGCCUCCUCUGCAGCAGACAUGCGAGCGCUAUUUGGCUGCGCUCGAGCCGCUGAUAAGCGCGGAGGAGAUGUCGCACACGCGCAAGCUCGUGCACGAGUUUCAGCGUGCGGGUGGUGUAGGAGACAGACUGCAGAAGAGCCUUGAGCGAAGAGCACGCAAAACUGAAAACUGGCUCUCCGAUUGGUGGAUGCAGACAGCCUACCUGGAUUCUCGAAUGCCAGUGGCGAUGUACACUAGCCCAGGGGUGGUCUUACCCAAAAUGCACUUCCAAGAUCAGCAGGGACAAAUGAGGUUUGCUGCUAAGCUCAUUGCUGGAGUUUUGGAUUUCAAAAGCAUGCUUAAAAGUGACACAUUACCUGUGGAAUAUCUGGGUGGAAAGCCUUUGUGUAUGGACCAAUAUUAUCAAGUCCUGUCAUCAUGUCGGAUCCCUGGACCCAAGCGGGACACUGUGGUCAACUAUGCUAUUGGGAAGACCCCUCCCACACACAUUACAGUGGUCCACAACUUUCAGUUCUUUGUUCUAGAUGUCUACAACAGUGAUGGUACACCACUGACCGUAGAUCAGAUCCAUGUUCAGCUGGAGAAGAUCUGGAACUCUUCUCUUCAAACCAAUAAAGAGCCAGUUGGCAUUCUGACCUCCAACCACCGCAACACCUGGGGCAAAGCAUACAACAACCUUAUCAAGGACAAGACAAACAAGGAGUCUGUGCGGGCCAUCGAGAAGAGCAUCUUUUUAGUUUGUCUUGAUGCCCCUAUGCCACGGGUGUCAGAUGAGAUGUACCACAACAAGGUAGCUGCUCAAAUGCUUCACGGCGGAGGCAGUCGCUGGAAUAGUGGGAACCGCUGGUUCGAUAAAACGCUCCAGUUCAUAGUCGGGGAAGACGGAUCGUGUGGACUCACCUAUGAACAUGCUCCAGCUGAGGGACCUCCUAUUGUUUUUCUGGUUGAUCAUGUUGUUGAUUAUAUGAAAAGGAUAGAGAUGGUACGAACUCCCAUGAUUCCACUUCCUAUGCCACUAAAGCUCAGAUUCAACAUCACACCUGAAAUCAAGAAGGACAUUGAGAAAGCCAAACAGAACAUGAACAUAAUGGUGCAUGAGUUGGACGUUCGAGUGCUCAACUUCAAAAACUAUGGAAGAAGAUUCCCCAAAUCUCAUAAAUUGAGUCCAGAUGCAUUCAUUCAGGUGGCUCUGCAGUUGGCCUACUACAGAAUGUAUCAGAUGUGCUGUUCGACCUAUGAGAGCGCCUCCUUACGUAUGUUCAAACUGGGCAGAACAGGAGCCAUUCGAUCCACCACCACAGAGUCACUGCAGUUCACACAAGCCAUGGAUGACCCAACAAAACAUAACAGUGAAAAGGCAAUGCUGCUCGAAAAAGCCAUCAAAGUCCACAGAGAGAAUACACGCAUGACGAUCCAUGGACAGGGUAUAGACAGACAUCUCCUGGGUCUAAGAAUGGUGGCCAUUGAGGAUCUGACAUCUCUACCUGAUAUUUUCAUGGACACAUCAUUCGCUGUGGCUUCACAUUUUAAUCUGUUCACCAGCCAGGUUGGAUCAAAGACAGACUGCGUCAUGUGUUUUGGACCGAUGGUUCCAGAUGGUUAUGGCGUCUGCUACAACCCCAUGGACAAUCAUAUAAACUUUGCUGUGACGGCCUUCAACAGCUGUGAGGAAACCAAUGCCACUAAACUCUCCCGGUUUCUCAAGGAUGCACUUCUGGACAUGAAGACUUUGAUGGAGCAGGUGUCCGAGGCCCAUGAAUGAAACUUCAUUUGUGGUGAAAGAAACGUUUGGACUAAAGAGAAAACCCCUUCAAAUCACCUGACUUUAUCUGUUUCUGCAUAUCUUUAAAACUGAUGUGUGCAAGUUUUUGGAUGCUAAAAUAUUUUAUUUGCCACAAUAUUGCUAUGUUUGUUUGAGCAUCCCGACCAGUGCGACACAGGAGUAUUGGCCAUACCACAGCAGUAAAUGACUUUGAGACAGGACUUUCAGUUUGUUUGCUAAUGGAUGACAUUGGGAGUGUUGUGUUUGAAAACUUUUUUUUUUUUUUUGGUGCCGCUAAACGCACAGAAAAGACUUCAUAGUUCAGGCUUAAUAUUUUUUAUGGACUAAGAGGCUACUACAAACACCGACAUAAAACAAACAGAAUGAGGGAUUCUUUGUUACAGUUUCAAGGUUUUAAUGAGAUCCCAUACAGGAUCAGGUCUAGGAGGUCCACAGACUCAGAGCUGAAUUGUCUUUAUAACUUCAAUCAAUGUUGGCUUUGACUUAAAUAUCAGAAAAUGAAUUAUUUAUAUUAUAAAUAAUAUAUAAGAGGUGUUGCUUUUUCAAGUUAUUUAUUUGUGCUUUUAAAUCAUCAGUAAAUUCAAUUAUUUUAUCAGUACAAUAAAUAUAUAUAUACGCACUUAGAUAGAUAUAAACAAUAUCUUGUUAAAAUUGUUCAACAAAAGGAUAUGAAAAAAAGACAGAA